UAAACAUUUUUCCAUUUUCACACCGUUCACACUCCCUUUAAUGGGAACCGAACCAAAAACUGUGACCUGUUUUUAUACAUAUUUUUCGGUAGCGCUUUUAUAAAUUGUUUUAUAAGUGUUUAACUGGCCAUUCACAAUCCCGGUCUGGAUAGAGUAUGUACGAGUGUAGUCGUUGCGGUAAUCGAAGAAGCGGCUUAAGUCUUCGCGCCGGCAUCGAGUUACAUUCCACCGGAGAGGAUUACAUAGAGGGCGGCUCCAGUUGGUGCAAUUCCUGCGGUGAACUGACCUUCUUUAUAAGGUGCCAUGCUGAUAAAGAUUUCGUCCAGCCACUUAUAAGCAACACUUUGGACUCGAUCGAUCCGGUGCCGGUUAAGGUGACGGCUGCUCUCCUCAGAGGUGCUCUCCAUCCACGUACGGUUGUCCAAAACCAACAGGCCGCCAGUCUGGCUAACCAUCUGAAUAACUGGGCCGUUGAGGCCAUGGAUCCUCCGAAAAGAGCGGUAUCCUUCACUACUCUGCCCAAUCGACAUGGCCAUAUGGCCCCGAAAACUCGGAUACCAGAUGAGGAUGUCCCCCGACCGCCGAUAACUCCACUUAAUGUGAUCUUGAGUCCGCGAGUCCUGAGCGAUGAUGACAAGACCCCUCGCAACUCAAGUAAUGUUAAAGUGGAGGAGAGAAAGCCAUCUUCAUCCAAAAGUCCUAGGUCUGAGCAGGUCAAGGGAGUCGAACGGUUGCGAUCAAUUGCCCCCAGCCAUCUAAGCCAAAGGCUACCAGACGAACAGACUCCACGCCUUUCUGCGGCUAAUCCCUAUGCCAAAACCUUUAGACCCUUGAAGAAAACAAGUGAAAAACCUGAAACUUCUGUUAAGAAAAUCGUAAAUACUCAAGGGCCGAGUUUAACCCUCAAGGACAUAAAGAAGUUGCAGCGCCGCUUUGCUGCUGAUGAUUUUUCCGGACCGGAGAGUUCCGCUCAUUCCAGCGAUCGAUUCUCCGCCGGCAGUGGCCCGAUGAGCGUAGAGCCCAGCAGUGAGCCUACUAGCACUGUGGAGCUCCAGAAGAAGAUCGAUCAGAAACGGCGGCAGUUGUGUAGGUUGACCUCAAUGCGGACGAGGCUCGAUGCGGAAUGUGAGGCAACCAAAACUGAAUUGGAGCUCCUGGAGCGAAGAAAUCGUAGGUCCCAGUCCCGACGAAGUAAUCGGGAAAGGGGCGGAGCUCAUAUUAGGCUGGUAAAAAAAAUAGAACUGGAAAACGAAAUGGAUGAUCGUAAAAAGUUGAUAACGGAAGAUAAGUUUGAAACGCUCUUAAAAACCUUACACGAGCAGGCUGUGCCGCAAGUAAAGAGAGAGGAUCAGGAUCAGUAUAAGGAACUGGAUGUGAAUCAGGAUCUGGAUCAGGCUGAGGAUCAGGAGUAUCUAGGCAGCCAUAACUUAUAUACUCCAUCUCUAGAAACUGACACAGAAAUCGCGACUGAAAGCAAGUGCGAUGCAGAGAUGGAAUCCAACACAGCUUUUGCGUCUCCGAAGGGCAAUGAAAACAGGGAGAAGGAUUUGUCACCAACCUAUAUACCUCUGCCCUUUCAGCUGAGAAAUCCAUUUGCGACUCCUCGUACCGUCGGCUUUCACAAUCACAACGUCCACGAUACCCAGGAUAGACUUCAGCGAUCGAGGCCAUUGUGCAAAUCUCGCAGCAUCCAGGCCUUGGUGUCCACCGCGCAACGUGCCAGAUUCACUGGCUGCGUUGACGAUCCCCUGGAGGUGGUGAAGCUAAUCAAGAAUCUGGAAGAUGGCAACGAAGUCCAGUUGAAAGCCCCCAACGCACAGUUUUCCACGGUGGCCUGUGAGGAGCAGGAACUGGCCCAGCUGAUCAAGAAAAAACCGCAAAAGGCAAAGGAACUUGACAUUUGCCGAUUGCCAGUCCGCUGCCCCGACUCCGAUUGCAAUCGGCUGUCCUUUGUCUCCGAUUUUAACAAACACCUCCUGCUCGAUCACCGUUCGUUGACCGCGGAGCGGAUCCAAGCCAGGCAGACCAAGACCUUCUUUCUGGACACGAACAUGGCGCUGAUGGACCAGCCCAGAUGUCAUAUGCUUUAUUUGGUGCGGGACAAGAUCUUCAACACCGGUGGCGACGACAUGUGCGAUCUACUGCCCGUUAUGGUGAUGAGUGCCCGCACCCAUUUGAGCACGGUUUUGGCUUCUUGUGGAGAUCGGAAAGUAGGAGCCAGUAGCCGGAAACAACCGAAGGGCGAUAGGAAGCUCUUCGUCCUCUGGCUAACCGGACUGGUGCCGCAGGACCUAAAACUGAUGGCAACGCUUUCGACGUGGUCCACCCUAGGUCCCGAUUUGGCGGAUUGCGCUAGUGCCAACACCAGCUAUGUCUACGAUAUCAGGGCUCCCAACGAAAUGGGUUCCAUCUGCCAAAGUGGCUGUUCAAUUAUCCUGCCCAUGCACAUGAUCAAGCGGAUGACCGACAAAGGACGCCGAUUCCUGGCCAUUCAGGUGCAGGUCUAUUGAGGAUCGGUCACAACCGAAGGCAACAUUUUAUCGUACUAAUUGGAUAUAUUAUUACUAAAUACAAGAGACUAUAAUAUUAA